AUGAUGUGUUUAGGUGUGUUACAUUCCAAGUUCAAGGACAAGUAUACCAUACCUGGAAAAUCCUGCUCAAGAAAACAGCAAGAUAGGGAAUCAGGCUGCCUGGCAGUUCAUCUAGUAGAAGAAGCAAAUACACGCAUAGAAUUCUCAGUACAGAGACAGAGUUCUUAA